GGCUCGACUGACGCGUGUGCGCGUGCGUGCGAGUGGGUGUGUGUCGAACGCACUCCCCUGGAAUACACAGGCGGCGGCGGCAUUUGGACUUUUACUCCAAACAGCGAUGCCAUGUGUUGAACCGCAGCACGUACCCCUGCCUCAUGACACCCACCUGGGCCCUGACCCCACGAACCUGGACCUGGUGAUGGACCUCAGCGGGCAGAAGGAGCAGCUGUCCACGUCCUUGUUACCCAGCAUCAACACCUUGGUGGGGGGCGGCUACGUCGGCGAGUUCGAUGCUUACUCCUGCAAGGUCAGCGCCUCGCCGUCCUUGUCGGCGGCGUGUGAGAGCUGGGACUGCCCCGUGCAGAACCCGGCCUACAAGCUGGAUGAUCUGCAGGUGUACGGCUGCUACCCGGGAUCCUUCACUCUCAGCUGCCUGGAUGAGACGCUGUCAUCGGGCGGCUCCGACUACUACGGCAGUCCGGGUUACUCCGCCGCGUCCCCGCCCACGACAGGCUUCCAGACACUUUGUGCGCCCGUGUGGGAGGCGCCCUUCAGCCCCUACAAUUCAGUCCCCUCCGCUGAUAAGCAGGCCUCCUUCUUGACCUUUCCCCCGACGCCGGAGCAGCCCUCUCCGCAGGCGGUUCCGCACCAGGAUGCUCUGCUGGGUCAGGACCAGACUUUCUUCCUGCCUCCUCAGCAGCAGGUCUCUCCCCUCCAGUACCCCGCCAUAACCAUGGAGCACGGCGGCAGGGUCAUGGAGGACUUGCCCAGGAUCCACAACCCGGGUCUGAGCGAGGGCCGCUGCGCCGUGUGCGGAGACAACGCCUCAUGUCAGCACUACGGAGUCCGCACGUGUGAAGGCUGCAAAGGUUUCUUUAAGCGAACGGUGCAGAAAAAUGCAAAGUAUGUUUGCCUCGCCAAUAAAGACUGUCCAGUGGACAAGAGGAGGAGGAACCGCUGCCAGUUCUGCCGUUUCCAGAAAUGUCUGACAGUGGGAAUGGUCAGAGAAGUUGUUCGACGAGACAGCCUGAAAGGUCGUCGGGGGCGCCUGCCGUCCAAACCAAAGAUGGCGGCCGAGGCUUCCUCCCCCAGCCCUAAAGUCAACAUCAUAACCUCCUUGGUGCGAGCGCAUUUGGACUCCAACCCGACCAUUGGGAAGCUCGACUACUCCAAGUACCAGGAGACCAUGGGCAGUGUGUCAGAGAAGGAGAACGCCGGCGACAUCCAGCAGUUCUACGACCUGUUAAGCGGAUCCUUGGAGGUGAUCAAAACCUGGGCUGAAACCAUUCCAGGAUUCCCAGACUUCUGCCCGGAGGACCAGCAGCUCCUGCUGGAGUCUGCCUUUGUGGAGCUGUUCAUCCUUCGUCUGGCAUACAGGUCCAACUCGGAGAAAAACAAGCUGAUCUUUUGUAACGGCGUGGUCCUGCACCGGCAGCAGUGCGUUCCGAGUUUCGGGGACUGGAUCGACUCCAUUAUGGAUUUCUCCCAGACCCUCCACCGCAUGAACUUAGACGUCUCCCUGUUCGCCUGCCUGUCAGCGCUCGUCAUCGUCACCGAUCGCCACGGCCUCAAGGAGCCUAAACGGGUGGAGGACUUCCAGAGCAACCUCAUCUCGUCUCUGAGGGAACACGUGAGAUCGGAAACGAGCAGGACCCAGCCCAACUAUCUCUCCCGGCUUCUGGGUAAGCUCCCGGAGCUGAGGACUCUUUGCACUCAGGGCCUGCAGCGCAUCUUCUACCUAAAACUGGAGAACCUGGUCCCUCCUCCGGCCAUUGUGGAUAAAAUCUUCAUGGAUAUUUUACCUUUUUGAAUCAAGGCGAAGGAGAAGGAAAGCACCUUAGAUUCAUUUUUUUAUUUUGUGGUUGAACAUCCUACUUAUAGCAGCUGUCUUGAAACAUGCAUGCAGAACCUUUAAAGACCGGAGCACUCCAAAGAAUUGAUGUCUUCUCCUUACAUGAUCCCUAAAAAGUGCGUGUGCAAUUAUGAAAUUGCUGUGCUAAAUGUGCAAAAAAAAAAAAUUGGUGCUAGCUACGUCACACACAACCACGCUCUAACAUACACUAUAUUGCCAAAAGUAUUUGGCCACCUGCCUUGACUCACAUAUGAACUUGAAGUGCCAUAGGAAGGCUGUCCACAAGGUUGCGGAGUGUGUUUAUAGGAAUUUUCCACCAUUUUUUCAAAAGCGCAUUGGUGAAGUCACACUGAUGUUGGUGGAGAAGGCCUGGCUCUCAGUUGCCGUUCUAAUUCAUCCCAAAGGUGUUCUAUCUAGUUCAGGUUAGGACUCUGUGCAGGCCAGUCAAGUUCAUCCACACCACACUCUGUCAUCACUGAUUCUGAUCAUUUGGAUGGGUGGCCAAGUAUUUGGCCAAAUUGUGUAGCAUGUUUAUUCUUAAAGUUGAAAAGAACAUUGUGUUUCUAAUUGUUGCAAAAGGGCCAAAGUUUGCAUGUGCAAUCCGACAAGUAAGACGCUAGCUUGUGGCCUUAAGCUAAACAAAAUGUUGUGACAUUUCUCACCUUGUGUUGCUGACGCUGGCAGUAUUCCAGUCGACACCACGUGUGAGCUGUGGAUCAGAACAACUUUUAAUAAUGAGUCGUCGAUCAAAACGGAGAAGAAAAGUGUCUUUGCCAAAGCCCCCCUUCUGAACUCGGUUAAGUGAGUUUUAUUUCUAGCGCCACGAACAAGAUAAUGCCACCGUCAUUAUUUUUUUUUCAGGCCUGCACAAGCUUUUGAUUGCCUGAAGCAAGCGUACGUGAUACGUGAUCAUUGAAGAGUAUCAAGUAGUGAGAAGUGCUUUGCAGUUUGGUUCACAUGUUGCCUGUGCCUUCGACAUCUGCCACUGUCCUUGAAAUAAAGACUUUUUAUAGUUGCAAGUCAACAUCUAAUUACCAUGUUAAAA